AUGACUUCUCCUAAGCGACGUAUCGAGACCGACGUCAUGAAACUCCUCAUGUCGGACUACGAGAUCACGCUCAUCAACGAUAGCAUGCAGGAGUUUUACGUCCGCUUCCAUGGACCCCAAGAAACACCGUUUGCUGGUGGAGUGUGGAAGAUCCACGUCGAGCUCCCAGAUCAGUAUCCUUACAAAUCGCCCUCAAUCGGUUUCAUGAACAAGAUUUUCCACCCCAACAUCGAUGAGCUCUCCGGUUCGGUCUGUCUGGACGUCAUCAAUCAAACAUGGUCACCCAUGUUUGACUGCAUUAACAUUUUCGAAGUGUUCCUACCGCAGCUGCUGCGCUACCCGAACCCAACCGAUCCGUUGAACGGAGAGGCAGCAGCGCUGUUGAUGCGCGAGCCAAAGACAUACGAAGCGAGGGUCAAAGAUUACGUGCAGCGCUUUGCGACCAGGGAAGCUGCUAACGCUGCCGGGCAGGAUGAAGACGAGGACGAAGAGGAAGAGGACGAGAUGUCUGACGUGGGCAGUUUUAGCGACCAUGAGCCUAUGGGUGACAUGGAGAUGUGA